CGACCUGUAAGAGCGUCUACCAUGUCAACCUUCAAACUAAUUGCUCUGGAUGAAACUUCGAGUCACUCCCACGGAACGCAUAGAAGGGAUACUGAUUUUCUUCUCACCAACGGUAAUGUCUACGCUCUUAAAGUCGAUCCACCUCCACGCACUGAACUUGUUCGUCUGCAACAGAUUUUUGCCCCUUUGAAACCAGACCAUCCAAUACCCGAGUAUAAGCCACGCAACCGACCUUAUCAGGAGACUUUUAAUUCACCCACUCCGGUUAUAGAGAUAGGAGGAAAUGGUGAUUGUAGCAGAGACAGUGACGAAAUGAGCAACUAUAACGGAGAUUCGGACCUUUCAACAAAAGGGGAGGCAGUGGCGACGAAACUGAACGAUAUAAUUCAAAGAAUGGAGACAAAACUGUAUUCAAGCGGGGAUGAUGACGACCCGUGUGUACACAAUCCCUUGCUAGAAGAGAAGGAGACCUUCAAAGAGGACCCAUCACAAUCCACUUACAUCAAAACUAGUGCAAAAGGGGCAUUUAACACCUUGUUGAUUGAGCUGGUACGUGUCGAGCAUGUCAGCUUCACUUCCUCCCUCACCGCGGCGACUUGGUUUGCACAGAGACGUGGAGAGGUAGCAUGA